GGGCUAUACUCUGCAGCAUUAUCCAGUAUGGAUGCUGUCAUAUACGAUUACUUCUUUGUCUUCUUCUGACUGCACAAGACAGAAUUAUUGUUUGUCGCCUAUAAAGAGUAGGAUAAACUAAACAGAAGGUGCAUGUGGCACGUGCAGCUUUGGUGUGAAAGCCUCUUCAUCAAGACGUAAGACGCACAUACACCAUGCAUACAUUUUCCAUAGUCGAUUUAUUCUUUCCUAUUAAAGGAACAAAAAUAAUGCAAUAAAAACAGGAAUAACAAAAACUUUUACAAGUCUAAUUUAUUUGAUUACAAAACUUUUUUGCGAUGAUUAUUUUCGUUAAUUUUUUGGAUGUUUGACUCGGUGUCCUCUUGACUUCAGUAUAAGACUCUGCACGAGUUCUGGGAGCAGCUUAUUCUGAGAUCAUUUCAAGAACUGCGUUCAAUCAAGUUUCGAAUUGAAGAUACGGUAUCCAAAAAGUUUCACUCGCCUACGGUGGCUUCCAAGUGUCUUUCUUGUUUCCGAUACUGUUCUCAGUUUACAUGGCUAGAGAGAAGUAUAAUAAUGCUACCGCGGAAAAUAUUGCGAUCUUCGGUAGCUCCAUAAACGCGAGAUGAUAAAUUAAUUAAAAUUUAAAACUCAGUAUAAUUGACUUCCAAACGGUGUGGGUCAAGUUCACCUUGGAAAUAAAUUAUAAAACACCGAUAAUGUUUUAGUUUCAUAUUUUUUUUAAUGAACUGUUAAUUCUAUUUUCUAAUCUUUCGACCAAAGGGGGCUGACUUAGUUUUGUCAUAAAUUAGAUAGCCAUUUUGGGAUUCACCCGGCCUUGUCGUCAUAGGGAAGAAUAGAUAAAACAACUCGGCGGCGUAGAACAGCUCAUUGGUAUCAUGGUGUCCGUUGCCGCAAAGUCUCUUCCUAAGCUGAGCGGUGCCGUCUUUGGCCAGUUUUCACGAAGAAAGGAGUUGAUCAGAAGGCAUUGGCUGGACACUAAAACAGACCAGUAUUAUGAAGUUUUGAACAGAAUCGUAAUACCGGAAUGUAAAAAUAUUGCAUCAGAUGUACCGGGAUAUCCGGAAAGAAUCGAAAAGUUACUUACUUACACCAACCCAGCAUUCAGUGAUGCUUGGAACUUUUCGACCGAACUGGUUUACAGGACCGUUGCUGAUGAGAGCCACCAAACAGAUGAGAACAUUACCAAGAUGUAUCUUAUCAGAGCUACAAUGGACUUGUUGUUUACGAUGUCAGCAGUUCUUGACGAUUGCUCUGAUAUGUCCGAGUACAGGAGGGGCAAAAAAAGUUGGCAUACCAUCUGCCAAGGAGGUGAAGGUGCUGCUAUAUUUGACGGAGUUCAAAUAGGUCUUUUCCCUUUCUACCUUCUCAAAAAGUAUUUCAAAAAUGAUCCAGGGUAUACACAACUUAUGGAAACCGUUGUGAUGGCCUAUAUAAAGUUGGCAAUUGGACAAACAAUAGAUGUACUAGGACAGUCAAACAGAUCUCCAUUAAUGGACGAAUAUGAGCGUAUAAAUUACUACAAAGCCGGACAAUUCGUCGCGACUGGCCCAGCGCUUGCAGCUAUUCACGCUGGAAUCUUAUCUCAAGAGUUGAUUGACAAAACAGUGGAGAUAUUCACUAUAGCUGGACAACUUAUACAAACGUGGGACGACUUCAAUGAUUAUUACAGCUCAUCGGAACAAAAUGGCAAACCAUCAUGCGAUUUCAUUAACGGUGGAACAACUUGGGUUAGCGCCAAAGCGAUGGAGAUCUUCAACCCCACCCAAGCUGCAGAAUUUAUGGAGUGCUAUGGCUCGGCUGACCAAGGCAAGAUGAAGAGAGUACGAGAACUAUAUGACCAGAUAAACAUGCCGAAGUUAUAUAUUGAGCAUAUGCUAGAAAAAUAUAAUCACUGCGAAACUCUGAUAAAAAGACUACCACAUGAGAAGUUGCGUGAGGCCUGUUACAGCUACUUAGAGUGGCUUGUAAUUCGAGAAAAUCCUGACGAAGUUCCGGAACUUGAAGUUGCGAAUGUUUGAACACUAGAGGGUAAAAAUAUAUUUUGUAUCAUAAAUUAAAAAUGUACUUAUUUAUUAUA